UGAGUUUAGUUCACGAAUACCUAACUGUUUCCUAUGUAGCACAGUUCAUGGGCAAUAGGGAUUGACGCGGUUGUCAUAUUUAUUUGAAAACAUGAAGAUGAGCGAUUCCGUUUCGCUCUAGUUGUACUAAUAUGCCGAUUCUGAAAAGGGGAGUAAGCGUAGCAGCUUGCUAGCCAGCCAGCCAGCCAUCGACUCAAGCAAGCUAGUUAGAUAAGGCGUUUAGUCUUGCCUGGGACGCCAGCCAAUUCAUCGCCGGUGUACUCUUGCAAUCGCCAGGGACGCUCUCCUGGGAUGCUGUUACGAGGUGGCCCUCCUGACCUCACCAAGAUGGCGGACAGGAAGGAACCACCGAUCUAUAACGACGACAGCGUGGGGGCCUUCCAGUACAAGCUGCCGUUCUACGAGACCAUGGAGCUGUUCAUUGAAACCCUGACGGGAACCUGCUUUGAGCUUCGCGUUUCCCCCUUUGAGACAGUCAUCUCUGUCAAGGCCAAAAUCCAGAGGCUGGAAGGUAUCCCUGUUGCCCAGCAGCACCUGAUCUGGAACAGUUUGGAGCUGGAGGAUGAAUACAGUCUGCAUGACUACAGCAUCGCUGAGGGCUGUACUUUGAAACUGGUCCUGGCCAUGCGUGGAGGACCCAUCAACACCAGGAGAGUGUCUGUGGAGGACCCAGUGAAGGAGAUGGCUGAGCUGAUGGAGGGAGGCAGGGAGGACGCCUGGGAGAAGAGCCUGCCUAGCAACAAGCAGGUCACCUUCCUGGUGUACCGAAAGGGAGAUCAGCUCAACUUCUUCCGGGUUGUUGACCGAGGGGAUGGAACUCUGACCCCUGUCUCAGAAUCACACAGUGGUGGGUCCGUUUACAAUGUGUACACAGAAGAGGAAGACGCUGAGGGCUUGACUUUGGGCCAGCCAAGUCUGGAGAACUCGAUUACCAUGAACAAGAUGAAGCUGCUCAAAGCCAAGAUGGAGGACAUGAACAUUAACAAGAAGCCUAAGAAGUCUGCCAAGUUGAAACCUCUGCCCCCUGUCGUCCCCCGGCCCUGCUCCAGCUCUGUGGCCCCCCCUGCUCCCCGACAUCACCGCCUCCUCCGCGUCCUCCCCCCGAUCAGCCAACCAAAUCUUCCAUCCUCACACUUGCCUCCAGUCAGGGACCAGGGAUCUGUGACCCCUCCCACUGCCUCCACCUCCACCCAGCUGUCCGUUAGCCGCAGGGCUCCGUCUUAUUACUCCUCCUCCUCGUCUUGUUACAUGCUGCAGGAGGAGGAGCCGUGGGAGGCCAGCCCUAAGUCCACCCGGCCCCCUCCCAAAGUGUCCAGGCUUGACAUUGGCAAUGCUAGGCUCAUGAGGGACUGUGUGUACCCGCAGCUCCCCGCUCUUUCCAGCAGGGGGCAGUCUGAGGGAGCCGUGGAACCGCCCGACCCCAGAGGAGAGGCACUGGGGUUGCUGGAAGAGGCUGCCGGCCUCCUGGAGCCCACGCCGCCUGGAGCUCUGUGCGGAGACCUGCUCUCAGAUCCCCUCAGCCUGGACAUCUCUACCCAGCCAGAGAUGGGUCUGGGUGGGUUCGAUGGGCUAGGAGCCCUUGGGGCUGGAGCAGAGCACCAGCUCCCCUCCACCUCCUCUCUACUCUCUCAAGCUGUGGGGAUGAACUCUUUAAACAACUGGGCGAUGGGUGGCUCUGAUAUGUUAGCUUGCAAAGGUGAGAGGGCCCAGUUGCUAGGCAAUGCCCUUCAUCGUAUACCCGACUCUCCAUCUCCCUCCUCAUCUUCCCCAUCUAUUAAACGAAGAAUACCACAACCCUUUGAGUUUACCGGCUCCACCACAUCUCCCCUAGCACCAAACCCCGCCAGCACCUUCUCCCACCCCCCCACUCUCCUGCCCUCUCCUCCUAUCCCCCCCUGUCCUCCGCGCGGCUCUCAUAUGUGCAGUGUCAAGGUCGAAACCCCUGGCAAGUGGCCGGAGAUAAUCAGUAAAAGCGAGGCGAGGGACAUCACCAAGCUAGCCAACCAGGCCUGUAAGGAACCUCUUGGGUCCCUCAGCAACACAGAGCUCCUGGCCUCCUUGUCCUCCAGGACGGCAGGCAGUUCUACAGAAGGCGCGGGUCAGAGCCUGGGUCUUGGUUUGGGCCGGCUAGGUUCCCCCGCCCUCCCAGCCGACAUGCAGAUGCUCGAGGAGGACCUGAUUCGACAGAUGUCCCCACUUCAGAGAGUGUCUGGCUCCCACAUGUCGUCCCACAGCCUGGGACCAGUUGGAGGUUCUGCUUCAGUAAGGCGACUAGGCACCUCAACAUUUCAUCUGCCUCCAGUUAAGACCCCGCUGACCAUUAAAAAGAAGAGCUCUAAACACUGCUUCCUCUGUGGCAAGAAGACUGGCCUGGCCACCAGCUAUGAGUGCAGGUGUGGUAACAACUUCUGUGCUAGCCACCGCUACGCCGAGACCCACGACUGCACGUUCGACUACAAGAGUGCAGGCCGCCGCUUCCUCCAGGAAACCAAUCCGAUUGUCAGCGCUCCCAAGCUGCCCAAGAUCUGAGUCCCCCUCCAUACUGUUUCUUCUUUUAGUGAAGAGACCGGGGGACUAUUCACCUGAAUGAUUAUAAAGGAUGGAACUUGAUUACCACUGUGUGCUUUUUAAUCACUGAGUUUGACUUAAUGACGUCAAAACGCCAAGUGUGAACAAAAUGGAGAGCAGAGAAUAUCAGCACACAGAUUCUAGUAGGAAGAUGAGAAUCCUUCAUCCACUGUAACCUUUGACCUGUUACCAUAUACCAUAUCAGAAAGUAUUGCAUGUACAUAGGUAGUUUUUAAAGCAGAUGUCUAUGUCUAUUUCACAUGUUUAAACAGAAGUGCACAACUCCAAGCCUGUAACGUUAUAUCCUUCUCUCUUUUUGGGGUUGUUUCUUUGUUUUUCUGAUUGAAUGAUUGUUUCUUAAAUAAGACUGCAGAUCAUGUUCUCAUGUGACAAGUCUUUUGAGAGAUGCACUUUAGGAUGAUCAUAUUUAUAUAUCAAUGUGUGAGGGCAGCUCUUGCAUUUGUGUCCGUAAUGAAGUGUUUUUAUGUUGUCUUACCGUCUGUUGUCAUGUUUUUAUAUCCAGCCCCCCCAACCCACUCCCCCUUCUCCCUCUCCACCAUGGGCACAUGCACUGUGGCAUUAUUCUCAAGCCUUUCAAUAAUUGAUUUGAGUGUGAACUUUAUUUUAACAAUUAGCUUUGAUGGAUGUGCGAGUCGUUUGUUGGUUAUACUCCAUAUAUCUGUCAGACCUGCUCUGUGGUAGCGGAGGGGAGUGCAUAUAGAAUUUGUGAUCGCCAUAAAAAAGGAUUUUGUAUGAUUUUAUUUUUUAUUGCACAGCUGUUGUUGCAGAAAACCUAACAGUAACUAUAUUGGUGGGAAGGGAUAAUCUAAUAAAAUGUUUGUGUUUUCAUACAUGUUGGAAUUAAUAGUACAUUUCUUUGUGAUGAAAUAGUGUCAUUUGUCUGAAUGUAAGAUGCUCUGGGUGAAUUCGUAUUGUAGAGCAGCAGUAAUAUUCUAAACAAAAGUACAUUUAUUCACAUGACAAUACGCAAGGAGUAUAAAUGGGUCAUUCUGUGAAAAUGGUGGCUGUUGAACUUUUAACUCAAAUUGGUGCAAAAAGUUAUUUUUUUAAUAAUAAAUCAGCAUAAAUUACCGCUUAAUGUAUUAAAAUAAUUGUAUUCAAUAAAUACGAAAAUGCUU